AUGGUAGUAACCAAUACAUCGGUAACCAGGCCAGCCAGCGGCAACGUGCUUGACCACGUGGUAUGCAGCGAACAUCUUGCAGACGGUGUCUUCAAUGAAACCAUCUGCAAUGAUCUGAGUGAUCACAACUGGAUCGCAACCUCAUUCAAGUAUUCCUGCGAGCUGGUGAAGCAGACCUUCCACAAGGACAUCGUCGACCACGCACGGCUAAACCAACAGUUCACUGAGUCCCUGGCAGGGCUGUCUCCACACCUGACUGCAAACGAGAAACUUCUGUUCGUGAUGAACAGUUAUAACUUGAUCAAAGAGCAAUGCACGAAAACAGUAACGAUAAAGGCGAAGGUGAAAGGUAACUGUCCAUGGAUGACUUUCAAUGUCUGGAAGCUGAUCCAAAUCAAGGAUAAAACACUGAAAAAGCAGCGACGAAACAGCGACGACCCACGGCUAGUAGACCUGUUGGCCCACGUGUCCAAAAAGCUACAAAAAGAGAAGGAAGCUGCUAAGCGGAACUACUAUGAACCAUUCGACACGAUCGACCACAACCUGCUGCUGAAGAAGCUAGAGAUGUACGGCAUACGAGGAAUUGCCUUAUCCCUAAUCCAAAGCUACCUGGACAACAGAUCCCAAUUUGUGACUAUUGGUGAGUCUCGGAGUCAGUAUGGUCCUGUGACAACCGGAGUGCCCCAAGGAAGCAACCUAGGACCAAUCUUGUUUCUGCUCUUCAUAAACGACCUCCCGUCACUGGGCCUUACCGGUGAGGUACGCUUGUUCGCCGACGACACAUCGAUCUUCUACAACGGUGUUGGUGGAAAGUAUGCUGCAGUAGUCGAGUCGUUGCAGCACAGGAUUAAAGUGGACCUUGAGCUACUGAAUGACUACUUCUGCACCAACCUUCUGUCAAUGAACCUAACAAAAACCAAGUUUAUGCUGAUCCACUCGCCCUGGAUUCCCAUCCCUGUGCAUGCUCCUGUUGUAGUCUGCAACCGAGUAGUCGAGGAAGUAUUUAGCUUCGAAUUCCUCGGUCUAACGCUGGACAGCACGAUGAGCUGGUCAGCACAUGUGGAUCUACUGAAGCGGAAGCUGUCUUCAUUUUGCGGAAUACUUCGGAAAACCUCAUCGUUCCUGCCGACGUCUGCACUGAAAAAGCUGUACUUUGCAAUGAUCCACUCUAGAUUGCAAUACCUCAUCGCCAACUGGGGACAUGCCCAAGAGUCGUGUCUUCAAAAAUUAAAACUGUGCGGCGGCGGCGGUGGAAUUCCGCAAAAGGAGCCGAACAGUGCCCUGCUAGCUGGGCCGGAUUGUGUUCAAAUAAUAAUUAAUUACCGUCAGCAUGAGUUGGCACAGCCCGCGAGAGGAGCGGGCCCGAGUAAUGAAGUGGAUGAAGAUGAUGUGCUGCUGCUGGUUGGGCUGACUGAUGGCGGGAUGGGCUUCGUUGGGGGGCUCGAUCGGCCCGGCACCACCGGGAUGAUCGAUUCUUUGACGGGAUUUUCCGGCGGUUUCGAUUGGUGA